AACUUGGUUUAUAUAUGUUUUAGAGUGUCUUUAAAUAGCCUUUCGACACAAGUUUAAAUCGGUAAAGACAUAAUUAGUUAUGCUAAAUAAGUAAUUAAGACAUAAAUAGUCGGUAUUAAAUUUCUUCGGAGAGUUGGGCCCAGAAAACAAAGAAGCCCUAAACCCCCGCUCUCGUCUGUCUUCUCGUCCCUCCCGCGACACUUCGCGCCGUCGCACCAUAGCCAGCGGCCGCUCUCGCUCGUCGGUCUUCGCCGGAUCCUCUUCGCGGUUCUCCCACCAUGUCGAGCUCGAAGCAUUCCUCGACGCCCGUGUAGUGGAGUUCGGUCGCCUUUCAUAUCACAAAACAGGGAAUUUUUUAGCUGGUAGGGAAUGGCUUCUCGGCGUUGUACCUACUCCUGUGAGACCAUGGCCCAAACUCUGGAAUGGAUGAAUGCCAUCGCUGAAUUCAUACGGCCCUAUAGGGCCAUUCUGGAUGCUCAUGUUGUCAAUUUCUUCAAGGAAAGGUUGUGGGAAUUAGUUGAUGAGCAGUGGAUGGACUGUCUCCGUAAAGAAUCUGUGGCAAAUCUUUUGAAGUUGCCAUCUAGUUGUACUCAGGAUUACUGGCCUGCUUCUCUUAAACUGUUUUUGUAUGAUUUGAGGUCUCUUGUCCUUCCAAGGGAGCAAGAAUUGUUGGACAAGAUUUCACCUAAUUUACAUGUGUCUUCCCUAAGUACUGUCCUUUCUCAAGGCAUGAAUUUGAAGAAAAAGCAUGAAGUGGAGAUACUAUCUGCAGUUGUUAGUUCAAUUGUCCAUGAGUCUGGAGCAGGAAAAAUUAUAGAUGUUGGCUCUGGUCAGGGUUAUCUUGCACAAGCAUUAUCAUUCCACUACCAACUUCCUGUCAUAGCAAUUGAUGCUUCUUUGCACCAUGCCAAUGUUACAAAUGCCCGUGCAGAGAGGAUUAAAAAGCAUUAUUCAGCUAAAUUUGCAGGAAGCCCACAUUUCAAAAUUCCACAGACAGUUACUUGCCAUAUCCUUUCAAGUGAAGCUUUGACAGCUUUAAGUUCUGCUUCUUUACGUGAGAAUAAUACCAAAGAAUCAGCAGAGCGGUCAUCCACAUCAGAUCGUGGUGAUUGUGGAAUUCCGGAAAUAGAUAUUGCAGAAGGAAAAAGUUUGUCUAACCUGUAUGGUAAUUCCUUUUUGGUUCUCGCUGGACUUCAUGCAUGUGGAGAUCUCUCAGUUAACAUGCUUAGGACCUUUGUGGACUGCAAACAAGUCAGAGCUAUAGUUGGCGUUGGAUGUUGCUACAACUUGCUUUCUGAAGACUGCUUAGAGAGGGCUGGUGGUUCAUGUGGCUUUCCAAUCAGCAAUGCUGCUAAGCUGUCCAGCCUAAUCCUUGGAAAAAAUGCUCGUGAUCUUGCAUGCCAGAGUGCUGAAAGAUGGCGAACUCUUACUGAAGAUGCUGCACUUCAAAAUUUUGAUGUCCAUGCCUUUCGUGCUGCUUUUCAACUGGUUUUGGACAAAUACCAUCCAACAAUCUUAGUGUCAAGUCCAUCAAUUGGUAGACAAGGGAAAACUAUACGACGCCAACAAUGCAGGAGGCUUCGAGAAUCCCAGACUAGUAGAGAAGACGACAUACGUGGCUUCUCAUCAGAACUUGGAAAAUCCAGUCAUAAUCUUGCCAGUGGAUGCCAAGAUGGCCAGAAUUCCAAUAAAUAUUUCCUCUUUGAAGAAUUCUGCAAGUCAGGUCUUAGUCGCCUUGGUUGUGUUUUUUCUGAAGAUAUGGAUCUUCUGGGAAUAUGGAACCAUGCACAAAGCUAUUCUGAACUUAUUGGUCCUUUUUGGUCUCUUCGCGCUGCUUUAGGGCCAUUGGUGGAGACUUACAUUUUGCUCGAUAGAUUGUUGUUCCUGCAAGAACAAGGAAAUUCUAUAGAAGCGUCUCUGUUUCCUAUAUUCAAUCCUACAUUAUCACCGAGAAAUAUGGCAAUUAUUGCUAGAAGGAAAUGAAGCAGUUUUUUUUCCUCCCUACAAAGGUUAAGCUUGUCAGUUGUCUGCUUGGGUGCUGAAACUAGAUGUUAACUUCUUACGACAAUUGAAAAGUCGCGGCGAGUGUUCGACUUCUCAUGACAAACUAGUUGACAGUUGGGUGCUGGGUUGCUGAAACCAGAUGCUGACUUGUUAUGCCAAAGUCGCGAGUAAUGUUCUUUGCCAUCUACGUCGAGGAGAGGCUAACAGUGAGUGAUCUUUUGAAGCGAGUUUUGGAAGAUAAUUCAUCACAGAUUCAGGAGUUUUAAUUCUCAGUGAGAUCAUUAUUUCCUGAGAUUUAACGUAAUUUUUACACAUUAAUUUUGCAUUUUUGUUUAAUGAAUAUUUGAGACUUUGUGGUAUAUUGGUUUGUAAUUAGGUAGACAAACUGUUAGCCUAGCAAUUAUUUCUGUUUUCCAACAUAUUUUUCAAAUUGUUUAUUUGCUUUCAA